AUAAAGGCGCUAUACUCUGUCUUUCCGAGUCGUCAACCACAUCACCUCAGCUGCUUUUCAUCAGUGCUUAUCGAACAAAUUCCCACUUGUCCCUUCAUUCAGAGCAUCGGAAUCACGGUCCGGGACUUGCUCCUUCUCCUGCAUACCUAAGAGACCCCUCGUCGUCCGCUCGCAACCUGCUCUACGUAAUUUACUUAAUCAUGCCUGUCAAUCAACGUACUCACAGCGGGAGCAACAGCCGUUCCAACAGUCCGCCCAAGACGACAACCCACACGAAACCUGGUACGGGAGGUGGCGCACGCCCUCCUCCGCCUCCACCUCCACCGGCUCCGGCUCCGAGGCCAGCUCGCAACAUUUCCAGGACCGUGGAGCCCCCGGAUGUUAAAGAUGCAGGACCUGCCGGCUAUCUCCUUUUAUCUCUUGCGAUAUUCAAUGGCUACCCGUUCAAGGACCACUGGGGCUUUUUCAUUCAUACGUCCGCUGCUUCUAAGAAAGGUAUCUUUCUGCACGCAGCUGGCGACGUGAGGCACGGAUUCACAUUUGAGAUCAAACGCAACCUCGACUUCACCAAGACCUCCCACGAACCAACGCUCAUCAAGCUUCAAUGGGUCGAAGGCAAAUACUUCAGCACUGACAUGUGGAACCGUGGGGAAUACGUCGUUGAAACUCCCGGCAGUCCCAAGUGCGGAUUCGAGACAAUCGCCAAGGGGGUUGCCCCGCCGGGCAAGACUCUGAAUGCUGUUGACGACCUGGCUCCGAGUGCGACGAAUCCGCCCCAAAGAAUCACGCAGGAGAACUGCCAGACUUGGGUCGUUAAGGCUUCCGCGAAACUCUGCGAAAAGGAAGUCUUGAGUCGGGAUGUUGUGAACUACCUCCAGCAAAUUAAGCAGUAGAGCACAUUCGUUGGAAAUAGUCGGAAGAGAAGCCCAUGGCGGGACCAUGGUAUCGAAUAUUGGGUAUAGAUUCCCU